ACAUGACAAAGAUGACUUGUUUUGAUAAGUCAAAUAUGACGUCAAAAUCACCAAGGAUUCGUUCUCAAGGACAUGCUAACAUGCCAUUUGGGAGAUCAGCUAACGAAAUCCUUUUUCAUUUAAAUAAAGAGUAACCCAAUUUCAAUUCAAUUAAAUAACUUGAGAAUCAAGUUCUCUAUUUCCUACCGAGUUAUGGAUUAGGAAAUAGGAAAGUCCUUAGUAUUUAGGAGUUAUCUAAAUAUCUUAUAUUUAAUGUGUUUAGGACUUUAGAUAUAUAAAUAUCUUAUAGUGUCUAUCAUCACUCCCAGUACAAACUUGGUGCUUCGUGGUAAUUUCUAAACCUGAAAGACUCUUCCUUUUUCUCUCUCUCGAUCUAUGCAUUCACUUCACAGUCUUCAUCUCAGUUUCCUUCCUUUGUUCCCUAAAAAACUUCUAAAGCUCAUUUUAAUAAGACUUAAUAAACUAACAAGAUUUUGAGAAUUCUAUUCGGGAGGGGAGACAUGAUCCAAGGAAUUACUGAACAAGAUAUUGAAAAAGCUGAAAGCCCCAAUAAAGAUGUUGAAAAAGCUAAUAGUUCAAGGAAGCCAAAAGUUACCGAACAAGAUAUUGAUGAAGCAGAGAGUUCAAACAAGCAUGAAAUCAGUUACCAAGAUGAUGAUGAGAAGUUUGCAGAAAUAUUAGCAAAGAUGAAUAUGCUCAUUCAUAUUGGUGCAGAAUCUCCGAAGUUUCAAAGAAAAGGGGAAGGUUCGUGUAGCAUAUUCAAGAUUCCCCAAAGCCUGAAGAAGAACCAUCACAAGGGCUAUGAGCCUGAGAUAGUGUCAAUAGGUCCUUACCAUCACGGGAAAGAGCAUCUCCAAAUGCUCGAGGAGCAUAAACAUCGUUAUUUGAAACUUUUCCUUGGUGAGGCAAAAGAUGGUGUCGAUACCAACACUUUGGGUAGAAAAAUAAUUCAAAUGGAGACAGCUAUCCGGAACUCUUACUCUGAGAAGCUAGUAGUUAUAAAACCGGAAUUCCUCAAAAUGAUGCUCCUCGAUGGUUGUUUCAUUCUUAUGUUGUUCUUCUUCAUAUCAAGACACGUUCUCUCAAGUAAGAAGUCACCAAAUGAUCGUAUUCUGACAACGCCAUGGAUCCUCUCCACCAUCCGGAGUGAUCUUCUGCUUUUGGAAAAUCAGGUUCCUUUAAUUCUUCUCAACACACUUUUGAAAGAAUCAAAAAUAUCUGUAAAUCUGGAGAAACUUGCAUUCAAGUUCUUUAACCUUUCAGUGGCUGAGAAAACAAAAUCUCAGAACCUUGAAGCACAACAUUUGCUUGAUCUGAUUCGUAAGAACUUCAUAAAUGGUACUUCUCAGAGUCCUGAGAAAGGACCAUCAAAUUCUCAUUAUGAUGAUUCGAGACUGAUCCUUUCAGCAAAUAGACUACGCCUCCAGGGAAUAAAAUUUAAGGCUUCUCAUUAUCAACCUUCUUCAAAGAAAACUAGUGGCUAUGUCCCGAGAAGAAGCUCGCGGGAAGAAACAAUACUGGAUAUAAAACUAAACGGAAAUGAGCUUCACAUACCACCAAUAGUGUUUGAUGAAUUCAUCAGUUCGGUCUUGCUAAACUGUGUUGCUUUUGAGCAGUUAUCUACAAAGUGUUCCAACAAUAUAACCAGCUAUGUGGUUUUCAUGGGAUGUUUGAUGAAUGACGAAGCAGAUGCUACCUAUCUUAGUGAGAAAGGAAUCAUACAAAACUAUGUUGGUAAUGGGAGUGACGUCUCUCAAUUCUUCAAAUUCAUUUGCAAAGAUGUUGCCUUCGACAUGAGUAAUAGUUACUUGAAAGAAGAGUUCGAGGGGAUUAACAAUUACACUUCAAACAGAUGGAAUGUGGAGUGUGCAAGGUUCAAGCACCUUCACUUUGAUUCUCCUUGGACUGUUCUAUCAUCUUUCGCUGUUUUGGCAGCUAUUUUGCUUUCAAUACUCCAGACUAUUUUCGGAGGCCUCAGUUAUCUUCAUCAUUGUAAGUAACCAUUUGAUAAAGGCAUUUGAAUUUCAGUUGACUUGUAAACAUAACUGUGAUCUUUCGCAGUAAAGCGUCAUAGUCAUAACUGUGAUCUAUGUUUAUAUAUUUUAUGUAUAGUGUCUGCCAUUGUCUGCACUCAUUUAUAGUGAGUCUUUAUAAACAUGAACUGUAUUUAAAUUUUUAUUAUUUGUCUUGUUUUAUAAUAUAGCAUUUUGUUUUCUCUGCGUGAAUGAUCUGGAACUCCUAAUAACUUUGAUUGUAAAGCUCAGAUCGCCUAUAGCUAAUGGCGUCUCUAUACUCGGCUUUGCACCUUAAUCCAUGCAAUUGCUGGUGGUUGAAUUUUUCAAAUGCUCGAAAGACUUGUUUACUAAUACUGCAACUACAACGUGAUAUUUCUGUGACAUCCUGACCCAGUAUAAUUGAAAUAGUCGGCGAUAUCAGGACACUUAUCUCCAGCUACAAAGACUGAAACAAUGUCUUUAACAAAGUAGGAUUACAUGACGCGUUUGACAAAAACCUAUCAAUGUGAACCGAAUCUUGAAAAAGAAAAGGAAGGAGGGUGAACAUUUUAACAAAAGCUCAAUGAGGGAUGCUCUACGAGCCCCAAAAUCAUUACCCAACAUUCACCAUACAACAUAACAAAAGCUCUACCUAGAACAUCCAAAAAAUCAAAAGCAAUCACCAAGAAACGAGGAUAAACUCCGACGGUGCAAACAUGAGACCACGCCACCACGUGGUCUCCGUGAGUUCUACUCCUUAACUCGAUCACACCACAUCAUGAUGUUUCCACGUGAUCUGCACCACCACAUUCACACGAGCACACCAAAUCACGCUGUCUCCAAGUGAUCCGUGUUACCACAUUCUUAACUUCACACAGGCACACCACAUGUCCGCUCCAGCAAUUAAUCAUGCAACCUCACAAGGUCUCCACAUGAUCCAACAAGAAUUGAUGCAACGCCCGAGAUGUACAUACCUCCAUCACGCUCCACCAACACACAUAGGCCUUAAGCCAUGUCAUAUAUCAUAUACACUACCCACAUAUGCUUCCAGGCAAUGCAAACACCCACAUACAAGUCUAAAUCAUAAUACACCAUAUUCCUUUUAGCAACCUAUGAGUAGAUCUAGGUGUUCACAUAUUACAAUACAAUAUAUAUAUAUAUAUAUGUAUAUAUGUGAUAUAGUUCACUUAUCAAAAAUAUGUGUAUGCUUAUAGAUAACACGUAGGUAUGAAUGUUGCCAAUAGAAACUCUCACUAUGAAGCGAGAAUGAAACCAAAUCUACAAGAGAAAGGAUUGGUGCUACCACCUUGGCCUUAGAUCUGCCAAGGGAAGGGAAGGAAGAAGCCGAUCAACAACAUAAGGCUUUCAUUAAACCAGAUCUACAAGAGAAAUGAUUGGUGCUACCACCAAAAGAACUGGGAAGAGAGAUCUAAGAUAAAAGAGAAAAUGAGAUGGAGAAAACGAGAACUAGGGUUCCUUACCUUUCUGGUGACCAGAUCUAGAGAGAAGACAAGAAAGAUCUAGAAAACGAGAUAUAUUGGUUAGUUGUGGUGGAUCUCCAAUGGCUUGGAUUCAUCUCAAUUAGCACGAGAAUACUCAAAGGAGACCACGACACGACAGCAAACUACAAUCUUCUCCUUUAAUUAGACUCAUGCAAAUAUUACAACAUUAUAGAUUCAAAUAUAGUAGAGUCGUGGAACACAUAACUCAAAGAAUCAUGUUAGUUCUCUAUAAUGUUCAUGUUCAAGUAUGGUGUCACAUCUGAAUUUGAAAUUAAAUUAUUCAAUAUA